AUGGAAAAAGGUAAGACCAAAUCAUCACCUUCUGCAACUCGACCUCGAAAAACUGAAAGAAAAGUUGUUGAGAAAAACAGGAGAAAUCAGAUGAAGAUUCACUACUCUAACCUUCUCUGCCUCCUCCCAGAUCAUGGCUCCAAGGAAGCAAUGCCAUUGCCCGAUCAGAUAGAUGAGGCUGUGGCAUACAUCGAAAGCUUAAAAAUGAAGGUGGAAAAAAUGAAGGAGAAGAAGGAAUCCUUGAUGCCAAGAAAAAGAUCACAUUCUUGCAUUACAAGUGAAGUUAAAGUCAACACAAAGUCUUCACGACCUUUAGUAGAAGUUCACGAUAUGGGAUCAAAUAUGGGAAAUUCCACCUUCCAAAUUCUCCAUGACAAGGUUGGGAAAUCAAGAAUGGGACUUGAAGCUACAACAAUGUCAAGAAGGCUGAAGGAUUUGAUUUGUGGAUCCACAUGCAGUGAAGUAGAAUCAAAUCUAGAUUUAUGGGAUUAUGGACUAUUCGGACCUGAUAUUUGGGGUCUUGGAAUUUCAGAAGUUAUUGAUGCCCAUAAUAUUUCAGAAUAUAGUCAAUGGUUUUAA